UUUAACUGCAAUGAAUGGACCCUGCUUGCGUAUAGACGAUUUUUAAAUCAUUGUCAGGUUCUGGAUUCAAUGUAUUUAUCGCUCGGAAUCAGUGAUGGUUUGGCUCCUGAUGUGGGUUCUAUUAGUUACCGGCGUACCUCAGAUUCAUUGGGCUUUUGCACAGGAUUCCUCUAAUAUGGUGUACAACCCGGAGCCUGACGCACUGGAGCCCUAUAACCGCACCCAGUACUGCCAUUGGCCCUGUAAAUGCCCCAAAACUCCCCCCACCUGUCCACCAGGUGUUAGCUUGAUCGUGGACGGCUGUGAAUGCUGCAGAGCUUGUGCCAAACAGUGGGGGGAGAUUUGCAAUGAGAAAGACAACUGUGACCAUCAUCGUGGUCUCUAUUGUGAUUACAGUGCUGACAAGCCGAGGUACGAAAAAGGAGUUUGUGCAUUUCUGUCAGGCACAGGCUGCGAGCACAAUGGUGUAAUCUAUCGCAAUGGCCAGAGCUUCCAGCCCAAUUGCAAAUACCAGUGUCUCUGUAUAAAUGGAGCGAUUGGCUGCAUCUCACUGUGUAAUGAGUCUCAGCCUCCCAGAGUGUGGUGUCAGAACCCAAAGCAGGUUAAAAUCCCUGGCCGUUGCUGUGAACUGUGGAUCUGUGAUAAGUCCAGGAGGGGGCGCAAGACUGCACCACGACACACAAUGGCUGCCCUUUCAAGUGGAAAAGGUGACUUGCAUAAAAACUGUGUGAUCCAGUCCAACUCCUGGAGUCCCUGCUCAAAGACCUGCGGCCGUGGACUGUCUACACGCAUUACUAACAAAAACAAGCAGUGUCAGAUUGUGAAAGAAAGCAGACUAUGUAACAUUCGGCCUUGUGAAGUGGACAUCACAAAGCACAUCAAGCCUGGAAAGAAGUGCUUGAACAUCUACAAGGAAGAGCAUCCACACAACUUCACCAUCUCAGGCUGUACCAGUACAAAGUCUUACCAGCCCAAAUACUGUGGAGUCUGUACGGAUGAACGCUGCUGCAUCCCCUAUAAAUCUAAGACUGUGGAGGUUGAGUUUCAUUGCCCUAACAGAACUGGUUUUACCUGGCACGUCAUGUGGAUUAAUGCCUGCUUUUGCAACCUGAGCUGCAGGAACCCUAAUGACAUUUUCACAGACCUAGAAGAGUACUAUGACAAGCGUGAGAUUGUGAACUGAAAGAGAGGCACAUCAUAUUUAUUUGACAAACAUGGAUAAGGUCAUGUCAAUACUUCAAUAGUGAAUCUAUUUUUAACAGAUAUAGAAAGGAGACUGUUCAUCUGGGGGGCUUAUUGUACUUAUUGUCCAUUUACCAUUAAAGGGCACAUAUUAUGCAAAAUCCACUUUUACAAGCAUAAUAAAUGUGUGUUGGUAGUGUCUAACACCCCGAUCCAUCCUUAAUCUCGAACGCGGAAGUAAGUGAUGUGACUUAUUUCGUUUCCGGUAUGUGAUUUCCGGUUCAAUUGCCAGCCGGUAGAAAACAGUGUAGUGGGAGCAUGCAUAAAACAUGAUUUAAACAGUUAUUAUUUACUACACCUGCCAUGUAUGAACCAGUGUGAGGAUGAUAUUAAAGGAGUAGUCCACUUUAAAGAUGGGGUCCAUUGACUUUUUACAGUAGGAAAAAAAAUGGUAAUACUAUGGUAAGUCAAUGGGCCCCAUCUAUAAAGUGGACUAUUCCUUUAAGAAGUGGCUUGAUAUAUGAAGAUAUAUUCAAUCAUUUCAUGUUGUUGAUCAGAGGUGAUGGGGUCUUCAAUGAGCAAAUAUAAAAGCACAGAGACAUACCAGUUUUAAAGUAUUUGCUUUUUCAUUUUAAACAUAACAAAAGUACACGCAAACACAUUACGAACUAUUAUAAACCGUAACUAAGCAGAUUAUGUCGUAUAUAUUCUGUACUAAUCUCAUUUUUGUAAUAAUAUAUAGUAGCAGAAUAAAUAAAUCAGCUAAAUCAGCAUAUUUUUAUCAGCAUAAUAUUAGUUGUUUUUAAACAAUUAUUGUAUUUAUGUCAGUCUUUCUGGAUUUCAUAAUAAACAUUAAACAGCCAGUCAAAAAGGCACACUCGUGUCCUUCGCAAUAGACUACCAUUAGCUUUAGUGGCUUACCGGAAGUCAUAAACAAGAAAGCUCAAAGAUGGCGCCGCCCACAUUUACAUCAAGAAACAGGUGGAAAAGGAAAAAAAUCCAGCAGUGUUAUUAAGCCCGGGAUAAACUACACGAUUUUUGACUGUCCCAUAUGAAAGAUUGCCAUUGUGAAAUAAUCAGCGCGAUUUUUGUGAUCGUUGCACUUCAUCGGUGGUCUAAUAAGAGAGGUUCAAAGAUGGCCGUUUUCCCAGUCUUGCGUCCAAAUAUAGCUUAUAAUAGUUUUCUGACAGUGUCAGAAAUUCAGCAUGAUCAACUCACAGCGUGUUUGCUGCAACGACCUACGUGCUAAUGCUGCGUCCUAAACCGCCUACUUUAUACUAUAUAAUACGCGAAAUGCAGUAGGCGAGGCGAGUAGUAUGUCCGAAUACAUAGUAUUCGAAAAACAGUAUGCGAAAAGUACCCGGAUGACCUACUACUUUUUAGAUUUUGCAGUGUGCAUACGAUGGACACUUCACUAUCCCAUGAUGCCCUGGCAGAGGAGUUAUCCAACGAAGAAGAAGAGGCAUGCGGCAGUUUUCGCACUGGAAUGACAUGACGACGACGUAUGUCACGUGAUGUAGCAACAUGGCGGAUGUAGUACGUCCGAAUCUUAUUCAUACUACCCGGAUUCAUACUAUACAGUACCUACUGUUUUAAUGGCAAGUAAGUAGGUACUUCAUCUUAUGGUGCGUUCCAGGCAGGUUUUUAAACCCAUGAGUUACGACUUCAAAACCACGACUCACGACCCUAUGCGUUCCAGGCAGCCUGUAACUCGUGUUUUUACAACCUUCUACCGGUGAAAGUGCUCUGGAACGGCAGUCAAACCCGUGACUUCCCACCCGUGAACUCGUACUAGAUCGAUGUACUCCCAGUUCAAAGUCGUGAGUCGUGGUUUUGAAGUCGUGAGUUACGGGUUACAGGUUGCCUGGAACGCAGCAUUAUUCAGUACCUACUAUACAGUAUGCGGUUUCGGACGCAGCCAUAGACUGUAAAAAAAGAUGGACGAUGCGACGUCGCCUCCCACCAUUGUAAUGAAUUGAAGCCAAAAAAAGUCAGACCACGGUCGCCGCCAUGUUCCGUAAAAAUUUCAGUUUGGAGCCAAGGCAUGCGCAGAAGGAAUCGUCCGCGAAGCCAGAGGCGGAGCCGCGGUAUCAAACUUCCGCCCAAACGCUUGCGCGACCAAUUCAACCACGCCAAUCAUAACAACACCCCCUGUUUUAAUAGCAUCAAAUUACAAGUUAAAAUGAAACUUACCACAACAAUGAACACUUGAACAUAUAUCAGUGUGAUAACAACUACUUGAAAGGACCAAAACCAUCUUUCAGAAACUUUUAUUGGAAGUGUAAAUAAUUUUUUUAUUUAUAGCAGAGUCCCAUUCGUUUGAAUGGAAAGGGUGGGGUAUAUGACUUGUACUGCAUCCAGCCACCAGGGGGCGAUCAAAGAGCAAGGCUUCACUUUUCAAGGCUUAUGAGGCACACCCGCCUACGUACUGGUAUUUGUUUACCACUAGCGCCUGCUGGUGACGUUUCGCUAACGUGUGACGCAGCCAUCAAAGCCUCCGUGUCGUCAUCGUACAGUCUACAUGCUUGUCAUACCCAAGGUUAAACGCAGUGUGCUAAGGUAAUAAUCUUAUAGGAGUGCAAAAAUCCUGCAUUGUAUUCCGGGCUUUUUUUUCUUUGUUAAUGUGACAUCACACUGAUAAAGCCCCACCAAUUGGACAUGCUAUAACAAAUGAUCUGUGGGGUAUUUUAAGAUGAAACUUGACAGACACAUUCUAGGCACACAUUAGAUAUACAUUACAUCUUGUAAAAAUUGGCAUAAUAUGUGCCCUUUAAAUUUGCUAACUCAUUUUUCUCCUAAGAUAAAUAUAAAAAAAGACAAUGUCCCUUUGACAACUAAACUGUUUUUAUGUUUAAGGAUACUCAAGAAGGAUUUAAGUAAUAGAUAUGUAAAGUGUUAGUUGUUCUUUUUUGUAUCUACAAGCUUAACUUAUGUAAUAUAAAGAUGAAAAUUGUAUUCUGCUAUAUACUGAUGUCAUUAGAUGCUUUUCCAUAGAAAAUAACAUUUAUAAAACACUGUAAAUAUAAGAAUUAUAAUGCAUUUGGUAAAUCUGGUAGAAUGGCACUGAGCCAAUGAAAUAAACCGAAACCAAGAAAGUAGAGUAACCAGCUUUAAUUUUUUCCCCUUUUUAAAAUAAAUACAAACUGUUAUUCAGUUAAAAAUGCAGUGCAUUUGGUUUGUUGUACACAUUUUUACAAAGCAAGACUUACAGAGCAUGUAAGCAUUUGUUUUAGUGUGCGUGGAAGAGCAUGUGAGUUAUUUCAAUUUACGUUCUCCAUCCGAACAAUCCUUUGCUUUAUUCUUUCAAAGCCUUGAGGAAAAAAGCAUCGAGUCCAAGUACAGGAAUCCAUGGCACAUUUGUUCUGUUGUGCUUGAUUGCAUAGAAAUCAUUGUUGUUAUAAACAAACCACAACAAAAAUCAUCUUUCCUGCACAGCCGUUGCAUUCUAAUAUCCUUGUCUACAGAUUGGUUUUGUUGAAUUUAAACUAAUACGAUUAUUUUUCUUCACUUUUUUUGGUUUACCUUUGGUUUAAAAAAAAUCAUAAUUAAAAAGAAAAAAAAAAAUCACUUUUAAGAGCAUCAAUCACUAAGCUACAAAUAUAUAACCCUGGACACCCUCAAAUAGGACAAUGCAAAAUAUAAUCUUAUAAGAUAUAAUACUAUAGUUUAAAUAGUGUAGCAUCAUAAAAUGCACCUUCUCUAUGCUGUGGUCAACCUAUUCCUAGUCCAUUCAUUGAGGUCCAUUUCAACAUAUACAGAAAAUGAAUUAUGCAUGGUAAAAAGUUCAAUAUUAUUAGGAGCCAUUCACAAUCAUUUAAUGAGUGAAACUACAGUCAAAUAAAUGAGAGUGUUAUAAAAGAAAAUAAA